AUGAAAAUGUUUCUGCAAAUUGCCAACGUUGAAGCUGACAUAACAGCUUCGACGCCACAACAUGGUCUCAAAGGAUCGCAAUCAGCGGACUGCUGCUCGAAUGAGCUACAUGUACUCUGCACUUUGGCAUCAGUAAUUACCGAGAGUGAACGGCCAUCAAACCCAUGGCCGGUCCGCCGACAUAUCCAAUGCAGUGUCGUUGGGUCUCUAUGCAUAAUAUGCAUAAGAAUUCCAACCCGGUUGAUAAUCGACCUGGUUGCUUUUAGAGAACGUUCCGAAAGCAUGGAAGGUGUGGCUUGCAUAUGCAUGCAUGUGCAUUGCGUUAUGCUAGUCAAUGAGUCCAUCAGCCUCAGACCUUCGCAUGAGCCUGCCAGUAUAAUACCUAAAGCGCUAGCAGUCAGCCACCCUGGGUCAACCCGAAAUAGAACAUCGCUGACCAAGACACGGAGCGGUGGUUUCCACUGCCUCCGCUGCGGCAGGAACUUGCCGGCGAGAUACUUUUUCGCGCAGAUGAUGAACGUGCUUGACCGAGAUGCGGAAGAUGUUGCUGGACUUCAUGAGCUUUUGAUGAUAGAUGCCGCAACUAGAGAUGUCCAGGAUGUGCUAAUCCGAAAUGGAUGGUAUUUGGGUACUUUUCCGGUCGACUCUCUCGAAAAGCGUUGCACCGGUGCCACUGCCGCAACUGCUAUUCUUGUCGCCAGGGCUCGGGUAUUGACAACCAGGUCGAAUAUCAACCAGGUGUAUGUAUCGGUGCCCAACAGUAUUGCAUUAGCAGAUGCAGGUGCAGAUUCGGGCGGACAUGCAUGUGUCAUCAGCAGGACGCAUGCUCAGCCGGUGUCAUUUCGAGACUUCGCCUCCGCCUUGCUCGAGGUCGGCUCGGAAGUAUUUAGCUAUCCUCAAGCGAAGAGAUGUACCCAGGAAGGGGCCGUUAUAAACAUUCUCGUAUCGCAUCUCUCUGCCUAUUUACACCCAUAG